GACGAACGUUCCGAUCCGAGCCGACUUCCUCACUCGAGACUGGCGGAUCCUGCUCCGGCGGAAGUCUGCCGCCGCGGCGGACGUCCCAGGUGCGGCGGUGUCAACGCCCGGAACAUCCGAAGGGUCGCCGACGCCUUCGUGGCCCACGGCCUGCAUCGGUUCGGGUACGAGUACAUCGGCAUCGACGAUUGCUGGGCGGUGUCUCGGAACAAGACCACUGGAGUGAUCGUGGAGGACCCCGCGGCCUUCCCCGACGGCAUGAAGGCCGUCGUAGACUACGUGCACUCGAAGGGCUUGAAGUUUGGCAUCUACACGGACCGUGGCACCUCCACCUGCGAAGGGCGGCCUGGAUCGCAGGGGUUCGAGCAAGUCGACGCCAGAACGUACGCCAGCUGGGGCGUCGACUUGGUGAAGGAGGACUCGUGCAACGCGCCCACGGAUCAUCAGGAGGCGUUCGCGCAGUAUGCCCUCAUGCGGGACGCCCUGAACGCAACCCGCCGCCCCAUCUACUUUGCCUUGUGCGGCUGGAGCGACUGGUAUGCGCCGCCAGGCCGCCACCUGGGCAACUCCUGGCGCUACGGCUACGACGUGAACACCUGGGCCGGCGCCUGGGACAACGCCAUCUCCGCCAGCUCGCGGCUCGCGCCGUUCGCGGGCCCGGGCGGAUGGAACGAUCCAGACGCCCUCAUCUCGGAGUUCUCCCUCUGGGCCGUCAUGGCCGCCCCGCUGCAGAUAGGCUCGAACAUCGUCAAUCUGUCGGACUACGACCUGGAGACGUACACCAACGCCGAGGUCAUCGCGGUGGAUCAGGACAAGCUGGGCAUUCAGGGCAAGGUCGUGUGGGACAACUGCGGGGGCCGUGGCGCCAGCGGCGCGGCGCCCCUGCGGCGCCCCCGUGGCGGCGGUGCCCCAGCGUGCCAGCAGGUGUGGCUGAGGCGGCUCUGGGACGGCUACGCCGUGGCGUUCGUCAAUUACACGCGUUCCAAGGAGGGGAGGCCUGAGAAGGGCGCUGCUGGCCCCGAGGUCCUGGCCUUCAGCGUGCCGGAGGUGCUGGGCUGGCAGGGGGCGAUGGUCCGGGACUUGUGGGCGCACGCCGACCUCGGGCUCCACGCGAACGUCUCG